AUGAAAAGACGUGAACCGACUAUUAAAGACGUAAUUCCUCUGGAAGCUGGCAAAAUAAAAAUCAUUCAAGCUCGAGUAUCAUCAGCAUACGAUAUGACUAAGGCUGGCAUUUAUUCAAUUCAAUAUGAUAUGCCAGCUGAACAUGUUGUCUUCAAAGAUGCUCAAACAUUCGAGUGUACCCUUGCUGGGGGCAUUGGUAAGCGUGAAUCUGGUCUUCAGUCAAAUAAUAUUCAAUUGGCAAUCGAAGGUCGUUCGAAUAUUCAACAUGAACAAAAUAAAAAUAUGAGUGUGAUUAGAAAGGAAGGUCCUCUUUCAUAUGUUUCUUGUUCGCUAACUCAGAAAUCUCAAAUAAGGAAUGCAGUCUCUUGGGCUCUUAACUAUACCGAUAAUGCUUUCAAUUAUUUGAAUGAGAUUAAACCCAGUGAAACAAAUCGGUAUAAAACUUGGUUUGAUAGAUUUACGUUGACAAAAUGGAAUGCACAGAAAGUACACUUUCGAAAUCUCAAAAACGUAUUUAAUUCGAAAACUAUGACUUUCCAUUGUGGAUGCAAAGAUGCUGGCAUUUAUGCUUAUGUUUACAGAGACCAGCCCUAUAUAAUUCACUUAUGUCCUUUGUUCUGGUCCUCUCCAAUGACAGGCACGGAUUCGAAAGCUGGCACAAUUAUUCACGAAACCUCCCACUUCUCAGUUGUUGUUGGUACGUAUGAUUAUGCAUACGGUACGAUGGCAUGCACAAGCUUGGCAUUGAGUGCUCCAUCAAAAGCAAUCAUGAAUGCUGAUAGCCAUGAAUAUUUUGCGGAGAAUUUUCCUGUGCUCUUCUGACGAACUGAAAUAAAUACGAACUUAAUUAACACAUUCGACUCGAUUCAGUUUUCUUAAAAAAAUUUUUCGAGAUGUUUAUUUUCAUGGGCAUUUUACUUCUAAUAAAUGCACUUAAUGACCUUUUCGUUAUCUUCUACUGAUUAUCUGUCGUUCUCUUCUUUAUAUCACUACAUAAUGAGUCAUUUUUUUCUGACCAACUGAAUAAUCGCU